AUGGAUAAACCAUCUAGCUCUUCACCAAAAAAAAAGAAGACUAGAGGUGUCACAGCAUUGCUACGUUUCAUUGCCAAACUUCCUGAUGGUGAAAAAUACCAAAUUGAUUUUGAUCCUGAUACCUUCCAACCCAUUGGUCAGUAUGCUGCAAAGUUUAAAAGUUAUUUGUCAUUCAUUGCACGUAGCAAGGUUAGUAUAAAUGAAAAGCAAUGGAAAAAGAUAAGCGAUAAGUUGAAGGACGUGAUAUGGGACGAUAUCAUGUGUAAGUUCACUUGCCCCACUGAUAAAGAAUUUAGGAAGCAUUGGUUUGUUUAUAUGGGGGAACGAUUGAAGCAAUUUAAGACAUUGCUCUCAAAUGUCUAUAUAUCUGGGAAAGGAGAUAAGCAUGGAAAUACAACUCCAUUUGAAAAGUAUAAAUUUAUCAAAGAAGAAGAUUGGGAUUUGUUUGUCCAGACUCGACAAAAAGAAGAUUUUCAAGAGAAAAGGCUAAAAGGAAAGACACAUGCAUCAAAGAAUAUCCACCCUCAUAUUUUGUCUCGUGGUGGUUAUGAAAAACUUAGGGCCACCGUAAUGGAAGAGAGGAGGAAAAAAGUGAUUGAAGAGGCCAAAGGUGAUGAAAGUUUGAUGGUUGACCCUCCCGAACUAAAGCGAUAUGAGGCAUGGUUGAUGGCUCGACAGAAGCCAUCGGGAAAUUUUACAUCUGAGGCAACAAACUUAGUAGCAUCUAAGAUUGGAGAGUUAGUGGAAAAAAAUACACAAGGUACUAUUGUCUUUGAAGGGCGUGACGAUAUCUUGACUGUUGCCCUUGGAAUAAAUGAACACCCUGGUCGGAUCCGCACUGCUCCUAGGGGUGUGGGCUUUAAGAAAUUCUAUGGAAAAAGUUCACGCUCCACCUUAGGAGGUGUCUCUCAAGAUGACCUUCUAGCCCACCUUCAAGCCUUGGAGCAAAAAAUGAAUAUAGAUUUCCAACAUAAAUUACAAAAACAUCUCCAACAACAAAGAACAGAGCUCCAACAACAAAUGCAAAAAGAGAUGCAAGAGGAGAGAGCUCAAAUCCAACAAGGAAUGAAACUCCUACAACAGAUGCAAUUGGAGCUCCGCUCCGAGAGGCCUAAAGAGAUGUUUAUAAAAGAGCAUGUAGAAUCUGUGGGUACGAGCACUAACGGAAGUUGCUCAAAGGUUAUGACUACUGAAGAUUUAACUAAAAAAAUGGAUGCUUCUGAAGAUUACCUCAAAAAGAUUAACAAUCUCAAGGAAAAUUCAUUCUCUCUAGAUUUGGAUCAUGAAACAAGUGAACUCUCAGUUUUUAUUGAUAGGGUGGAUCUUAAUGAAUUAACUUCCGGUAUUAAAUGGCUAUCCACAUCUAUCUUGUCUUUAUGGUGCACAUAUCUACAUCGCAUGUGUAUCUCCAAGAAUUUCAACAAACUAUUUGGGUUUCUCGAUCCAAAUAGGAUACUAGUUCACACAAAACCGGCCGAAGUUAUUCAAACAUACAUACAAAAUAAGUUGGAUGGAGAGCCAAAAAAAUGUUAUUUAGGACCAUUGCUAAAUAGCAAUCACUGGCAAUUGUUUGUCAUUUGUCCUGAAGAUAAUAUUAUUUUUUGGUUUUGUUCAUUAAACAGAUCUCCUAAGAAAAAUAUUAAGGUCAUAUUGGAGGGAGCUCUAGAAGGUUAUCAUUUAUUAAGAGGUAUUAAGAAGAAGAAGCCUAAUUGGAAGAAUAUUAUGGUAAGAUUUGUUUUACUAUAUUGUCGUUUCUUGGAAUACUGUUGUACAUGCUCUGAACCAACUAAAAUUGUAUGUGUUUCUAUGUCGAGUGAAGAAAGAGUUUAUAUGCAGUGGCAUCAACAAGAUAACGGAUGGGCAUGUGGAUAUUAUGUCAUGAAAAAUAUGUUUGACAUUAUUGAUGCUUGUAUUGUUGAAAGAUUCAAUGAGAUAUUCACAGACACCUCAUCAUAUGAAAAAGAGUCAAUUGAUCACAUCCGACAACUUUGGGCUCAAUUCUUUUUGCAAAAGGUUGAAGAGCAAGAGAACCAGGAAAAGAAAGAUUUAAUGACAAAACAGAAGCGAUUAAAAAAAACUUAUAUAUAG